UUCCCUCCUUCCUCUUGAAGUCCCCCUCGUCUGCUGCCUGCCUCCGCCCCGCCUCCGAGACCUGACCGCUGACCGCCAUGCCCUUCCUCUCGCGCCGCAAGACGAACGGCGCCGCACACAGCACCCAGCCCAGUGCGCCCCUCCAAGACUCGGCCAACGUCCCCCGCACGAGCAAGAGCACGAGCAAGAGCGGCACGGGCACCCCCGCCCCCGCGUCGAUCUAUUCGGUCGAGAAGCCGCCCUCGCUCCGCAGGCGACACAUCCACUUUCCCAGCUCGUUCAACAAGCUCGCCGCGAAGCUCACCUCCGCCAGACCGCCCUCGGCCGGCAUCACGAACGUGCCCGUGCGGAACGGCGGCGGUGGGGGGGGCCCCCUCGCGUACUGGCGCAGCCGCUCGCCGUCCCCCGCGCCCUCGCUGGACAUCCGGAUGCCCGCCGGGCUGGGGCGAAGGGCGAGCGAGCUGGGCGAGCGGGAGGAGUUCUUCGAGCAGUACGUCGACCAGCAGCAGCAGCAGCAGCAGCAGCAGCAGUGGGAGCGGGAGCAGCAGCCGCGCCCGGAACGCAAGCGCAGCAUCUCGCUGCCCGCGGCGGCCCAGGCGGCGCGAUGGCGCGCUGCGAACUCGAGCUCGAACUCGGCGGCGCCGUCCCCGGUCGAGCCCCAGCCCCCACAACCCACGCCCAAGCAGCCGCCGCUCGCACGCAUCUCCACGGAGCUCCUCGCGUCCGUGUUCGCGUACGCACCCCGCUCAGACGUCCUCGCUCUCGCGCAGGUGUCCACCCGGUGGUCGCAGGCGGCGCUGCGCGCGCUCUACGACGACCUCGACCUGCGCGACAUCGACGACGCGCGCGUGGAGCAAUGCAUCGCGUCGCUCGCCUCGCGCCGGCCGCUCGCGUCGCUCGUGCGCCGGUUCGCAUGCAGAGACUUGCCCCCGCCCGACGCCGGCUCGUCACUCAGCGUCGUGGCGCUCGCGAUCGCGCUCACGAACAUGGACCAGCUGCGCGCGCUCGCGCUCCCCCGCUUCGACCUCCGGCUCCUCCGCCACACCACGUUCUCGCUGCACGCCCUCACGCUGCACUGCACAAGCCUCGCGGCGGACGACUUCCACGCGCUCGUCGCGUGGCUCGGCGGCCACCCCGCGCUGCGCACGCUCGCGCUCCCGCAGCUCGUGAUGCCCGUGCUGCCCCCCGCGCCGCUCCGGCCUGUAGAUGGCAGCAAGGCGCCCUCGCGCCCGCAUACCCCGCACACGCCCGAUACCCCGACCCACGACCCCAGCCCUAGUUCCGGUUCCGGUUCCGACACGCCCGCGCCCGCGCUCUUCCCCCUGGGGCUCCUCCCGCAACUACGAGAGUACGACGGCCCGGUGGCGAUCGCGGCGGCGCUGGUGCCCGGGCGGCCGCUGGAGCGCGUGCGGAUCCCGAUACAGAGCACGCUGUACGACGGGCUGCGGCCGUCGGCGCUGAUGUCUGCGCUGGCGUGCGCGCGCGAGACGCUCCGGACGGUGACGAUCCAGCCGGCGAGCGCGAAGAUCGACCAGCGGACGAUCGAGCGCGUGGUGAUGUCCGCGGGGGCGGAGCUGGGGGACUUUGUGGAGACGCUCGAGGUGCAUUGGGUGCUCGACGACGAGGUGAGUGGUCCGUGCUCUGUUCGACGUGCCGCGUGUUCGUCGCUGUUUCCAGGCGCGUGUCGCCCUCGUUGCUGCUGCUCGCUGUCGACAUCUAUCGGUCGCGGGUUCUGCAUCUUCGCGCGGCCGUGUAUGCGCCCCUUCCUCGCGCGUUCUAUCUUCUCCCGUGCGAGAUGCGGUGCCUGGCACGCCGCUUCUCCGCCCGUUCCCCAUCCGCCAUCUGCCCAUCCCUGCGUCGCGAACCCCAUCCCCGCAUCGCGAACCCCAUCCCCGCGUCGCGAACCCCACCGCCGCGCCUCGCCGCCUCCCCCUCCGCCCCAUCCCCGCUUCCCCCCUCCGUUCUCUCCUUCGCGAACCGUCCGCUGAAUCUCCCCAUCUGCCAGGUCCUCUACAAGCUCGUCGCGUCCUUCCUCGCCCGCUUCCGCGCCCUCCGCACCCUCGCCCUCCUCCGCGACUCCCCGCCCCCGCACCCGCCCUCGCCCCUCCUCGAGUUCCCCCUGCCCCCCGCCUCCCCGCCCAUCUCCCCCAACCCCGCCGCGGCCGCCUCGACCAAGGCCGCGCGCAGGGCGUCCACCGCGUCCUACUCGUCCGCGUACCUCUCCCCCCGCGCCAGCGCGGGCGUCGGGGCAGGGGCGGGUGCAAGCGUGGGCGGGGGCGGAGGCGGCGGCCCCCCGUUGAGCGCGCGGUCGACGGGGGCGGGGGCGGACACCCCGUUCCCGCGCGUGCACGAGCGCGCGCACCUCGCGCUGUGGCACAAGACGUGCCCCGGCCUGCGGCGCGUCCUCUUCCUCAGCGGGGCGGAGUGGGCGGUGUGGCCGGACCCGGCGCCGCAGGAGGCCGGCCGCGAGGGCGAGGGCGAGGGCGAGGGCGGGCCAGAGUUCGAGUUCGUGGGGUACGCGCCGCAAUAGCGAUAGUGUUUGGCCCCGCGGGCAGCGGGCCUCUUGCUGACGGAUGGACGCGGGGGCGCGUUUCGUGGGCGGGGCUGCGCCGCCGCGGGUGUCUCUGUGUCCGGCCCGUCUUCUCUCUGACGUUCUUUGAAGCUUGCUGACGAUACGCAUGCGCCGCUCGUUUAGAAUGUCCUCUCGUCGACGCUCUUUGCUCUCGCACUGCUCUAGUUACUCUAAGCACCGUCGCUCACUCAUCGCAUCGGAUCCCGUCUGCCGCCGCCGAUGUACUCGACGUAGUCUACAGACGUCUCACAGAUGUCGUCCACAUAUACAAAACUUCCAGACGUCAGAGCUCCCUUGCGCGUCCUGAACACACCUCCUGAGCACACGAGGUCGACCACGUAUUCUAGCAUUCGCUUAUCUGGGGGUGCGCUUCGCGCCGCCCUCGUCCUGCUCCUGCCGGAACGUCGACGAGACUUUCCGGUCCGGAGGGUCUGCCGGGGUCGUGUGCUGACCCCCCGGACAUGAUGCACGUCUACAUGCACAUGACCAGGCCCACGGCUCCAGGUAUUCGCGACUGCUUCACUGAAAGCACUUGGCGAACCGCAGCCCAGCAUGCCCCCCUAACGUGAGCGGACGGCCCGUCCGCAUGAGAAUAACGGCGAGCCCAUGUCUCAACGGUGGCUCUCGCGCGAGCGGCGGCUUGGCCUCGGGCCCCCGUGUAUGGGCGGUCACAGACCCCCCGAGCUCGUUUCCCCUGGUUUCUGGGAGUGCACGUUUGAGAACGAGGACGGGCCCGGGGAACCGGGAACGCCGUCAUCUUGCACGCCGACAUGGCGGCGACGGCAGCACCCCGCGGAUCCUGUCGUCCCUGUAAGCGUACCAACUGCACACCCACCGAUAUCAGACUUGCGCACAGUGCACACGGCCGGACCGCGCAUCGAGGGCGCGCAGGUCGCACGCUGCGAAGGUAGACGUCUCGCAUAGGAGUACACGAUCUGAUGGACGGCCGCUGCCGCUCCUCUCCGGCCCUGGGCCCCCUUUCCACAUUCCACAAUCGAGGCUGCUUUGCUUUGCUUCGCGCCGCGCGCCCUCCUGCUCCUGUUCGUUCCGCCGACGAGAAGCGUCGGCAGACUAGGCCGAAAGCGACGGCAGGACGCCGCCCCAGACCUGGACCGGCCUCUUCGCCCUGCCGAGGGGUUUUUGGCCUCCACCCCCCGCGCAGACUCGUCCGCAGGGGCACGGCUCGACCGCUCCUCCGCGGCGGCGAGUCGUGGCGACGGGACGUCGAACGCGCGCCGGUUUCGUUCGCACACCUCGGUCCUCCCUUAUCCGAAGCGAAAGCGGUCGUCCCGCCGUCGCUGCGCGUCCGGCUUAGACGUGUCUGAUGCCCCCGCAAGAACGCCGUCGACACCCGUCAGACCCGGACGAAGCCCAGGAGAGAGAGAGAGAGGGAUGCGCUAUGGGCGCGCGCUGGCGAGGCGAGCGAGCAGCUGUUGCGACGAAGGCGGGGACGUCUUCGACUCGCUGCCACGGGAAGAGGGCGAGAAGCCCGCGGGCACGACGGGGGGUGGGUGCUGGAGGAGAUUGCACGCGCGUCGCUCGGAGAUCCGUCCGGUAGGUGAUCUCUGUGCGAGCUAGGCAUGUGGAAGAACUACAGACCCUUGCCGAUUGUCGUUCUGCUGGCGUUGGUCGUAGAAGAUGUCGGUAAGGUAGGGGGGUAGGAAUGGUGUAUACAGCCCAGGCCAUCGAGGAACUCAGCAUCAAGGAGGUACGCAGGCGCCGAGGACGAUGCGGGCGAAUGAACACGAUACUGGGAACUGUGUUGAGGGCGCCCCGAGGGUCGUUGAUAUAACAGAACGCGGCGAGGUUCUCGCAGACGGCGGCCGCAGCCUUCCAGGCCUCUCUGCGCAGGUCUCUCUCAGCGCUGUCGCGAAACUCAGGGUGUUUGCGCAUGAGACGGAGGAUCGAUCGAGUACACGGCCCCCACUUGCUGAUGAAGUGGUACGCCUGGGAGUAGUCCAGCCCGGCCUCUUUCGAGAUAGCCCCUAUCUCGAGUGGGGUCGGCAAGUCUGAGACUACGACCUCGCCAUCGCGCUGCUUUAUUCACUCCUCCCAUCUGUCGGGCCUCGGCGGAGAAGCCUGGAUAAGGCGUGCGCGGGAAUACUGGAAGGCUUCGCAUGGACUGAUGACCGUAGCGUUGGAAUCCGCUAGAGCCCAGUACUGGCGGUCGAAGCGUAUCCUUGCACGGUCAUCGUACACGGCCGCACCAUCAGCGUUGAAGACGACGAUACUGUCCUUGUUCAGUUGAAUCGCCGUAGGCAAUUUGCGCUCCAGACGGUAGAGGAGCAGGUAUAGGAGGAAGACGGUCUUGCCGGAGCACAUACAGAUUAGCACGAACAAAGGCACAUGAAGCGAUUGCACGAACCGAUGCACGGCUGGCCCGUGACGACCAUUGCGUCUGUGUUCUGCAAGUACCCGGUUACAAUAGCCUCCCUGAGCCAGAGGUAUUCGGGACGGACAACGAGGAAGUCCUGGAUUGCGGGGUUUCCACCACAUUCCUCUACGAUCGAGCGGAUGUUGUGUAGACAAUUGUAUUCCCACUCGAGUUGGGGACUGUCGACAUCGCGGUUGGCAGCAGGACCGACGCUCUCGUCGGCAUCAGUACGUCCUUACUAGGAGAGAUAUCGGCCAAAGAGAUCUUCCCUGAGGAGCGGUGGGGCCAGAGGUGUCCUCAUGCUUUCUGCCACAGUUCUGUAGCAGAUUGGACAUCGGGGGAGGGAGGAUUAUUAGCCAUAAUCAGCGGCACUGAGCCCGGGAGGCGUGGCGGUGUUUGACCAGGCCGCUCGGCGUCUGCUCUCCUUGACUCACGCUUACGUAAGUAGUACUCAUGGAUGCACUUACUUAGGUGCGUUAACUUGGAUGGUGU